CAGGAGUGGAAAGAAUCCAGCAGAGAACAGGACUUCAGGCUAUGCUGAGGUAACCUGGUUAAGAUGGAGAAAUCUGAAAAAGCACCAGAACUAAAGGUGUUUUCCACCACAAAUAUGUUGGAAAAUUCCCAUCAACGUUUGAGCCCUGAAGUCACAGUAAACCAAAUAUUUCAUGCUAAUUCACAUCAUGAUGGAUUCCUACCGACCUGUUGCGUGAAUGCAGAUUAUUUCUGCCAAAAUAUAGCAUGUAGAGUCGCGCAGGUGAACGAAGAGUUUAGGAGUCAUCCGACUUGUGAUGCACUGCAUGUAGAGCUGAUGCAGCACAGACAGCCAGGAGACAGAGGAGCUGCUUCUGCCGUGAUGAAUCUCAAUCAUCGCCCUCGUCUUGCAGAGACCAGGGAGGGUGACACCAGAGGAGAGAGCUGCCGACUUGACCGGGUUGAGGAUGAACACAAUUCUCCUCUUCAGAGUGAUGAGGCGGAUCUUGAGCCUCCCUUGCCACUAAGAUCUGAUGAUGAAUGGCCACACUACAGACCCCUUCUACCUCCUCACCACCACAUGAUCAACUACGACCUUCAUCGUAGUAUGGAUGUCAGGUAUUCUGCGGGAGAAGGGCAGUACAACCUCAGUCCACUCAACAUGUACCCUCCUCAGCCAUGUUACCACUUUGCUUCCUCCCUGCCCAGAAGACACUGGGAUGACACACAAAACUGGCUCGGGCAUCAUGGUAACUUUAUGAAUCACAGUGUGGCUCAGGGAAGUGUCUCAGUUAACGUGCCCCAGUUUUCCGUCCCCCCCCUGGAGGGUGUGUCACAGGUCAAAGUGAUGAACCUGAGCUCAGCAGGAGCAGAGGCGUCUGCCUCGCAUCCACAUGAGAAAAAAAGAACCAUCAGCCUGCCUGAUGAGAGCCGAAACGUUUUUAUAACUUAUUCUUCGGACAUUUCUUCAGAGAUAGUCCUCUUUGGAGACUUCCUCACAAACCAAGGUUUUCGACCAGCCAUUGACAUUUUUGACAACCCCAUCAGACCCAUGGAUAUCAACAAGUGGAAUGACGGUUACCUGAAAGAUCCAUCAACCAUGAUUAUCAUUGCCAUCAGUCCAAAGUACAAGGCGGACAUUGAAGGAUCUGUAGUUGAUAGCCAUGGUCUACACACUAAAUAUAUUCACUCCAUGAUGCAGAAUGAAUUCUUUCACCAAGGCAGCUUGAAUUUCAGAUUCAUACCGCUUCUUUUCCUCAAUGCGUCCCAGAAACAUGUCCCAUGUUGGCUUCAGAACACGUGUGUUUACCGCUGGCCGCAGGACACCGAGGAUUUGUUACUGCGGCUACUCAAGGAAGAGAGAUACAUUCCUCCUCCUGUACCUCUGGAGCUCCCCCUCAUCAUCAGGCCUGUGGCCCUCAGUGACGCAGCUACGCUGUAAAGACACACCAGUGCUGUGUUGAUGCGAUUUAAAAUCACUUUAAGUGAUUAACAGCUCAUGUUGUAUCUAAUUUACCUUUUUUUUUUUUUGAUGUUACAAAGACGUUUUUUGUCUGUGUACCUAUACACAACAUGUUCACAACUUUAAAUAACUAUAGGGUGAAUUUUAUGUGAAAUUGACCAGACAUAGAUGUCCGUCAAGGGAUUAGAUUUAUUUGGAACAUGUAACAAAACAAGAAUAACCAAUACAUUUAAAAUAUACAGAGCAAAUUCUGAUUGGUCAAAACUCUACGGUCUGCUGCUAUGAAUGACUAUGGACGCAGUUCUGAUCACGUACACAGCGAGACAAUUUUUCUAUCAAUCAAAUUAUUCUAAAUCAAUAAAAUCAUUUUAAAUGGAAUAUUAUGUGUCAAAGUAUUGAUUUCUUUAGUAGGUAGCUGUGUAAUAAGCAAGAUCAUAUAAAAUUACCAUAGUGUGUCAAUAAAAUGUCAAAAAAGUUGACAGUGAAUGACUGAUUUAACUGUUCAUCAGAGUAAACGCCUGCAGGAAGAAACUGUGAUUGUGUCUGGCAAAAAAAAAAAAUGCACCAACACU